GCUCCUCUCUCUUGGUCGGUCCGUUUCUCCCCAAAGUCAAAAAGGAAAGAAACAAGAAAAAAGGGCGAAUCGAAUCCUCUGCGCCAUCGCCGGCGCCGCCGCCGCCUCCGCUUCAGGGUCUCCUCUUCCUCUUCCUCCUCCUCCCACCGACCGAAGAACUCCUGCCACUUCCAGCGGAAGGAAGGGCCCCUCUCUCUCCCCCAGCAGGCGCGCCCCUCCUCCUCCCUCUACUGGACCGGGGAUUCCUUCCCCUCUCGCUGUGUAUGCAAUGGGGAGGAGUUUUAGAGCGGGACACCAUGCAGAACUGGAAGACUCUGUGGCAGAUCCUUUUAACAAAAAUCCACCCUUCAGAGGAUUGAAGCUGUAUGUAAAAGAUCUCGACUCAAACACUCUACCGCCAUUUCUUGCUCGCCUUUGUGACCCUGACAAGCCAUGCUCAUACUCUGAGGAGGAGGUCUUGUGUGUUUUUGAGACUGCUGCAGAAGUCCAUGGCUACAACAUUGUACCACAUAUCAGCCAGAUUGUUUCAACCGUCAUUAUAAUCAUGUCUUCAGUUACAGGGUCCCUGCAUAGUGUUGGUUGCUCCAAGGUGAUAUCCGCAUUAUCCCGCUAUGUCAUUGAUCCCAUGGGAACGGAAGAAGAGAAAAGUGUGACAAUUAGCUCUCUCUGCUGUACCCUUUCUGAUUGCUUGAUGAGCACUAACGAGAGUGCCUCUUCUGGUUCUGCUCUCUGUGUUACUGCACUUAUCCAGUCCAACAAUUGGCAAUUUGCAUCUGGUGAUUUGGUUAAUGACAUCUGCUUAAAAGUCUCAGGGGCCUUAGAGGAGGUACACUGCCAGACUAUUUCACACUUAGGCUUGGUGGUUGCUCUGUCAAAAUUGAAUCAGUUGACACUUGAGCCUUAUGGGCGAUCUUUGAUAAGAUCAGGCUUACGGAUAUUGGAUGAGAGUACUAAAGCAAGCAAUUCUCAGAUGAUUAUAUCCUCCAUUCAAAUGAUACACUCUAUCAUGAUAAGUUUGGAUGUGAGCAUCAUAUCUUCUGAGAUCAGCAACAUUAUCCAUGCUAUGGAGCAAUUGCGGGGUCAUUCUAUGCCAGAGAUCAGCACUCCAGCUUUUCAGGCAGCCGAGAUUGCUAAGAAAUUUUGCAGGCAGGAAGAAGGUGGAUAUGGCAAAAGAGCUGGUCCAUUGGCAAACUAUGGUGGAAGGCAUGUCAGAAGGGGAUCAUAUUCACAUUCUGUCAUGGAUGAUGUGGAUAUAAGAGACGGCGGUUCAAAUGAAUCUCUUUCUGACGAUGUGCAAUCGGUUCAUCGGUUUAGAGACUAUGAUUCUCAUCCUUCGUACUCAGGUAUACCUGGAAGUGCUCGUGCAAGGAGGCGACUUUGGAGUAAUGGAUCUGAAAAAUCACAUGGAUUGUCCAACGAUGACUUCCCUGACACUGCUAUACGUGAUUCUUAUGAUGGCGUGGGUGUGUUGGCCCAAUCUAAUUCAGCUGGUCUUGUUAAGUCAGUAAGGAGGUACUCAGAUUUGCCAACAAGAAUUGCUGAUCCAUGCCCUACAUGUUUAACACCCCGAGCUACUAAUCGAUGCUCUCAGAUAUCUAGGCGUGGAGCUUUAUCGGGCGAUGUGAGAAUGCAGUCAGCUCCAAGGAAGCAGCUCCAAUUUUACAACUCCUGCAGUGAUUCAAAAAGGGAAGGUUACCGGUUACCUGACAGCCCAGCUCUGAGGCAGAUAAGACGCUGUUCAGGACAACGUGCAGAAGGUGAACUUGAGGAAAGGAAUGGCUGCUGGGAUUCUAUUCAGCAUGACAGCCAAUGCCAUGUACAGAACACCAAUACCUCGAUAGAAGAUAUGAAGCUCCCGAACAAUGGUGAGCAUUCUGAUAAUGCAGGAAAAUCUCCAUUUGAAGAACGCCAGCCUGAAAAGGAGAUGACCAGAGGCAAGAAAGGAAAUAAAAACUGUUCUUCCACUCCACUUUUUCUCUUUCUCUGUGCUCUUGUAAUUGUAGUGCUCUUGUUAGCUCGGUGCAAGGAGGAUCGCAAGGAGCUGUAUGUUGUACCUACAUAGUAGCAUCUUUCUGUCCAUAUGCAGGUUGUUCUGCAAAAUGCAUCUGACUUUCAGGAACCGUUGACAGUGUAAAUUUCUGAGACAAAGUGAGGGAAAUGUUGAGAAGUUGUGCUGAUCAGUCUUAAGUAGUGAAUUUAUGCUGGAUUAUAUAUUCUGUGUUCACUGUGAAAAUUGCAGCCUAGCAUA